AUCAGAUUAGUGAUGUUCUUUAUUCUGAUUGGUUUAAAUCAAUCCAACUAUAAGUUUUGAGAACAGAAAUACAUUUCAUUGUGCAAGUUGGAAUAUAUUCUAUAUAUAAAACGUCACAGAAAAUUUUGUUUAGAGUAAUACUAUUCCAAGCAGCAUGAUUAUUUCUGCUAUUGUGUUCAGUUGUUUGGUCACAUUCCUGCCAAUAGUUCAAAUGGUUACACUAGAACAAGCUAUGUCAGAUCCUAAUAAAUACAUACGUUAUGAUACGGGUGAUUUUAAUGUUGGAAUGCAUGUUGGACUUUCUUUACUUAUAAAUUAUGGAAUUCUAACAACUGCAGUCCUGUUCAUAGUUAUAGUAUCUAAAGCUCUCGGAUAUAGCCGAAAACGACAUGCCUAAGAAACGGAAGGUAUUUCCAUCGACAAGUUUAACUGUCUCUAUUUUUUUUUUCUUCUAUACAAAUUCAGCGUUAUACAUUUCUCCUUUUUUUUGUGUAUAACUCUAGUUUCAUUAUUGAUUAGUAGUGAUUUUGAGGUGUACGUGUGUAUGUUUAUGUUUGUGUGUGUCGGUUAAUCGAAUUGGCAAAAUUCAGAUGAUUUUUCGCUUAAUCGCUUGUUUGCUUGCUUGCCUGCUAAUUUUGCCUCCAAUUCUUGUGAUUACAUAAUGAAUAAAUGUGUGUGUGUGUAAGUGCGUGUUUGUACUGUCGCGUUUUAUUUUGCUAUUUUCCUGUGUGCGUGUGUGUGUGUACACCUUUCUAUCACUCAUACUACUACUACUACUAUUAAGAGAUGACAUUUUUUUGGCAGUCACAAUAAUAAUGCAUCCUGAAUUAUCGACGUACUUUGGAAUGCAUAUUCUAUUUAGACGUAUACGCACAUACACACACACACACUCGGAGAUGAAAAGAGCGUUUUGUCAACAGUCUUUUUAUUUUUUUUUGGAUUAGCUAUCUCAGAAAACUUAUUCAUGAUUACGAUUAUUAUUAUCAUUUGAAUAAUCUUAUAUAAACAUUGAAAUAAUUUGUCAAAACAUUACAGUACCUUGAUGCAUAUUAUUUUUUCAAUGUAAUCCUAUUUUCGAUUGUAAUUGUUGUUGUUGUUGUUAAUAUACAUGUUUCUUCCCAAGUUGAA